AUGCCGUACGGUGGCCGCCGUCGCCGCAGCGAGUGGGACCAUGGCGGCCAGUGGCAGUGGAGGCAAGCAAGCGAUGGAAGGCGACACAGCUCUCGGCGAGACUUCGACGUGCAUCGCGGCGAGCGGCUCCUCAACAAGUACCGUCUGGCUGGAGAGGAGCUUUUCGGCUAUGCCUACGGAGCCCAGGUACCCGAAUUUCAGAGGGUGCCCGCAACCAUGACCGUUUGCACAGAGAGGCCACAUGCGGCCGCUUGCAAUGCGACGAAUACGAUGACGCCAAGCUCCAAUCAGAUGAUGGUGAUGUGCGAUGGAAUCGGGUGGGGAAGCUUCCACGUGCCAGAGGCAGCUCCUGCGUUGCCUCCGCCCAUCAGCCUUGAUUUGCAGUGCAUCAUUGACAACAUGCUCCGUUUUGCAGCACAUGGGGCCUGA